GAGGAGCGUCAAGCGUCGUCAUUUCCGUGUCUAGAAGCCCUCACCCGCGCCUGCCAAGCGUCCACCUCGCCAACGUCGAGCUGUGCGCCUUCCAAGAGACACGCCUUCAAAUGUCGGGCAACUCACAAUGAUCGCGAGACUCUCGCGCGCAUCCACAGCACCUCUCGCGAGAAGUCACCCGUCCCACAAUGGCGAGCGGGGGGCUCGUUUCCGAGCCACUCAACCCGCAAAGGCAUCUGCUCUGGCAGUUCCUCGUUGAGCUGCUCCUCUGCUGCGUACUGACCAUCUUCUUCCUCUUCUACUUCAACCGCCUGUUCGCGACGCUCGUAUCGUACGGCAUCCGCGCCUACACAUGGCACAACUACCGUGCCUACAUCGACAUACAGUCCCUCCAGAUCUCCCUGCUCGGAGGGCGUCUCUUCUGGAAAGACAUACGCUACCACGGGCACAACCAAACAAUACUCGUCCAUGGAGGUCAUAUCACGUGGCGCUUUUGGUUCAGGAAGGUCAAGGAGACGGAACUCUUCUCAGGAGGCCAAGCUACGCGCAAGCCGAGAGACUUGGACGCGGUGAGCAGCGACAGCCAAUCACGAGAUGGAGAUCGAAACCUUGAAGGGGAAGAAAGUGGCGGGAAGCAAAAAACCAAGGAGCAGCCAUGCCGCAUCUCAAUCAAGGUGUCUGGCGUGGAAGUCUUCCUGUAUAACCGCAGCCCAGCAUACGAUGGUAUCAUCGAGAACUUUGCUCGUGCGAUGGAUGACAAUGAAGCCAAGAAAUCCCCUAGCCAGGAUGACCAGAGCUCGAGACAGAGCAGUGGACCAACAUUUACAGACAAGAUCCAAUCAGUGCUCCAUCGCCGCAAUACAAGUAGCACCAAUGGGUCAGGUAACCACAGCGGUGCCAGCGCCGGAGAAAAGCCCAGGACCAAUUCCCAAGCGUCUGGGACGCCGCAGGCACCAGAGAUACCUUCAUUUCUCCGAAUGUUCCCCAUACGGAUCGAUUGUAACAAAGGUGCAAUUGCUGUGGGGAACGAGAGCACCCCUGCCAUUAUAACAGUGAAGUUUGACAAGGCUAGCGGCGAGCUCAGCGCUGCACAUGCCGGACCUCUUGAUGCUUAUAAACAGUUGUUCAAUUUUGAGUUCGAGCAUCCAGUGGUUCAAAUGAAGCCGAAUCCAGACUACAAAGCCCCGCAGCUUGCGACGGCAGCGCGGCUGAGACAGGAAGCAAUGGAUAAUUUAGGCUCGCGAAUGGAAAAGGAACAGAAGAGGGCCCGGAAGCAGAGGUUUUGGCAUCCACUGCAGAGUCUCUCUACACUGUUUAGUAAAUCUGCAGAUUCUCUUGCAGAUUCUCGCAAACCGCCUACGAAGAACCGUGGGUCGACCGUACAACCGCCUUUCCCUGGCCAGGAGCGAUGGCAGGGCCUAACGAGAUAUCUUGAUGAUGAGGACCACGACGAGCAUGACGAGUGGGGUGGAGUUGAAUAUGCCAAAUUCUCUUUGAUCGCCGAUGUCCCCAAAAUUUCAAUGAGCUUUUACUGGGACGUUCCAGGCCCAGUACCUAAAAUACCGGAGAUUAUCAACCGGCAGACAACCAAGACAACAAUCGACAUCAACGGCAGUCUCCCACCAGACUACGGUCUUGACCUUCAGAUUCAUGGUGGAAUCAUUAACUAUGGACCUUGGGCUGAUCGUCACCGCGUCAUAAUUCAAAACUACUUCUUCCCGGCUAAUUGCACUGAUUCAAUACCUGCGGAGCCUUUGAAUCCUGGCGAUAUCCGUGUUAGUACUGUCUUGAAACUGUUCAUCACUUUCGAAGAUGACGUUGUUCUGCGCAUUCCCAUACGAGAGAAGUCAAAAGACUGGAGAUGGAAGGGCCGCGCACAAAAUGUCACCGGCGAAGGCAAGAACGGAUCGGAUGCUGGAAACGGCCGAGAAAAGAAGAGAAAAACUGGAAGAUUUAGAAAGAGGGAUGCUGGCGUUUCCGCACAGAACGCACGACCCUUUGGCUGGCUGGACAUAAAGCUGCAACCCAACUCAACCGUAAACUACGUCAUGGACAUGGUGGCCGGACCGCAUGGGUAUCACAACAGUUUGGAUCUGGACAUUCGCGGAGCAGAGAUCGCUUCCAGUGUCAACCAUGGUCUGCUUUGGAGAUCGAGUACCCUGGAGUUGGAUGCCAAUCUGUCGAAUCCUCUCAAGUGGAAUGGCUUACGAGAGUGGGCCUUCAACAUCAGAUGCCGCGACCUUGAACUCUUUCUUCUCAGAGAUCACAUGUUCCUUCUCACAGAUCUUGUCGGCGACUGGGGCUCUGGUCCGCCGCCUGAUUACUAUACUUUUACACCAUUUCGGUAUAUUCUCAAUAUGGACUUCCGGGAUCUCAAAGUGUUUCUUAACACAAACGAUUCUAACAUCAUCAACAACCCUGCAGACCUCGAAGACAACCAUUUCCUGAUCUUAGGUGGGCAGAAGUUGGGUGCGAGAAUGGAAAUUCCACUGGACCAGUUCCGUCCAGCUCGAAGCGAGAUCAACUUUAGCGCCCAAGGAAAACACAUUGACCUAGAGCUCUCAGUUCCUCCACGUAACACGGCAGCAACAUUUGUCAAAGAGAAGCAGGUAGCACGGCUUGGGGAAGUGACGCUACUCGGAAGUUACAAGUACUUUGCUGAGACGAGGCCUGGGCUUACCGAUAGGCUCACGCUUGACAUACGUGGCUCAAAGCUAAUUCUUACGUUGUACGGCUUCCUCAUCAGGCAUUUCCUGAAGAUAAAGGAUAACUACUUCGGUGAGGACAUGCACUUUAAAACGUUGGAAGAAUAUCAAGAAACUCCGCAAAGUAAAGGUGGUGAGACUCAAGGGGUGGAUUUGGCCGACGUUGCCUCCAACAAAUCCAAUGACCUUGAUGUUAUCCUCAGCAUCGGGGCCGAUGAGGCAAGCGUUCUUCUACCGGCAAAUCUGUACACGGCCGAGGACCACCUCAGGCUUGAUUUGCCAUUUGCUGCUGCUGAUCUCCGCUUCACAAGCUACUACAUGGAUCUUAUGGUCGACUUCAGCCCACUCAGCGUGUCAUUGGCUCUUCACGCGAAUGAAGGGACCAAUCUUGACAACAGCGGUCGAACGCAACUGUUCAUUGAUCUUGUCAAGAUCUAUGGACACCGCACUUUUGGUCUGCCUCCAGUCGAGCCAACAUACGUCUGCAGCUGGGAUUUUGACGUAGGUAAAAUUUCUGGAGAAUGCUCAGGAAAGCUUCUGGAAAAGAUUGCCGCUUUUGCUCGUUGCUUUUCGUUUUCCUUAGAUGACGAAGAGAACGCACUGCCUCUAGCGCAACCUGUUGUUAUUCACGACAUGACAUUCCUCAGGCUCAAAACAGACGCAAUCAAAAUCUGGCUGCAUGUUGCUCAAGAAGCCUUACUUUUGAGUGCUGACCCAAUCAGUCUUGAUUUCAAUGACUGGGCGGGCCCCGCAUUCUCCCAGCGACUCAACCUUCUCAUCCCUAACUUUGUCAUAGCUUGCGUCGAUGCCAAUGCAGCAACUCGGCAUAAGCGAGGAAGCACUAGGCGCGUUGUUGACACGCAUGCCUAUCUGCAGACAGACGUUCGUUUAACCAUGCUGAAGCGGAAUCUUGAGUUCACCGAGGAUCGCCGACAGCAGCAGUGUCAUCUCAAAGAAAGCGAUUUGAGGACGCACAGAACCCCUUGGCUUCUUCAUGAUGGCCUGGAAGGCGUUGACGUCCAUCCUGGCCCCAAUACAAGAGUGGAUACCCCAGCCAUGCCAUAUCCUCAACUGCCACACCCCGUCAAGGGCAAAUCAUGGCCCAGGAGCUACAGCCUGUCAUCAGCAUCAAUUGCUGGCUCUCACACAACAUCUGGAUCUUCCGGUACCUCAAUCUAUCGAGACUCACCGACCAGGCUUCCAAAUGAAACGAGAACUUUACGAUCAAUGGCCUCAAAAGGUUCUCUUCGGGAAAGCGUUAGGCGCGUUGCAGGAAAGAGGCCCUCACUAGAUCUCAGGGCAACAGACAGGAGUGCCAUGUCUAGCAGACCCUCUUUGGCAGAAACUAGAUCAACAAGCUUCUACUCGGGCACGCUUUCUGGAGAAGAAAGCCGUGAGAGAGGGACUCAUCCUCGUGCAUCAAUUGCACAGACAAGCUCUUUGGAAACCCCAUACUUUCCACUUGAUACUGUGCAAUUUGAUGUUUCAGGAGUACCAACUUUACGUCCCGAUGUUGCACCUUGGGAGUCUUCACCCAACGCUAUAGUCUUCAACGACGUGUCAACAAAGACAAUGGAUGAGAAUUUUGUCCAUACAAGCUUUCUCCUCAGCUUCGAGCCGGGUAUCCGUGCACUUUUCACACCAAAAGCGGUUGGAACAGUGGUUAAUAUCUUGGACAUGCUACAGCCUAAACAUCCACGGGACAUAUUAGAUGACUUCCAGAUCGACAUCAUGACGAAGAUCUUGAGCCACCAAAGACGUGUUGAAGGACAUGGCACUUCUACUGAACUCAGCUUCAAAUUACCUGCAUUCCACUUCAGAUUUGUAAACUCUUUCCAGUCGACCACUGGAGACAAAGGCUAUUGCGGAAAGGAUCAAUAUGACCUGAUUUUGGAUCGACUUUCCGUGGCACUAAGGGACAAAACUUACCCGGCCCCGGCAAAAGAGAAGAGUUCUUUGGCAGUUCACACGACGCUGAAGUCCCUUAAUAUCUCCGUGAAGGAGGACCAUCCGAACGCUACGGACCAAGAUGUUGCCGUACAAAUUGUCUUAAGUGACCUACUGGUCUGGUUGGUUACUGGAAAAGCUGCAUCCGUCAAUGUGUCUUUCCGGAAUCUCGACAUCGCCAACUCUAGCAGAAAGAUACAAUAUCUCGCGUCGUUAAUACAUCGUACGACUCUCCUGGCGGACGAUCUGGAAGCCAAGUUCACAGACCUUAGCGCAAAGAGUCAGCGGCGCCUACGAUACCUUGCGUACAUGCUUACAGUAUCUGGGAAAGAAAUUCCUGACCCUGCUUUCAUCACAAGGCCGUCGUAUGUCUUGCGUGCUGCUACCAACCACCUUCGCAACCAAGACUCUUGGAAGAUUGUAUCACGCGUCCACUAUGUUUAUGAUAACCUCCCGGAAAGAUCCAAAAACAGAAUCAACAAUGAAUGCAUCGAUGGCUUUACAUCAUGCCCCGCAGACGCCGAAACCAAAGUCAUCAAAACAUGGGAUCAGUGGCGCACAUGGGAUCUUGCCCAUGUCCAAAGCAGCGUCGUUAUGCGUACGUUGUAUGGCAACGUGGCUGAUGUCGGUCCUCCAGAAAAGCCACCAAUGCCUGUUGACGUGUCCAUUCGGACAGCGGCCAUUCGACUUAUGGUGGACCCAGGCCCCGAGCAAAGCGAGAUUUUCUUCCAACUUUUGGUCAUAAAGAUCGCGCUGACACCAGCACCCGCUCUAUCCGGCCUCAUGCUGUUGGAAAACGAGCACCUCACAAAACACACAGUCGUUGAGGUUAGCACCAAGAACGUCGCUGUGAAGUUCAGCUGGGAAAUCUGCGAACUAUUAGAGAAUGUCCUUCGCUUGUUCCAAUCUGAAGCACCGCACCUCAACCAAAAGCCAAGCAAGGCCGUUACGGAGGCCUCCGAAAUUCCAGACAAGAACACGGAGAUCCACGAUUUCCAGAUUCUGUUUGGCACAGAUCACGGAUCUAUCAGUCUUGACACGAUCAACCUGAGACACGUCUCUUCAAGUCGCCGGCUGAACCUUUCCGUGGUUGGGUCUGACAGGAGUGCAGCAAAGGAAGGCAUGAGUGUCAGCGCUCUUCUUCACUCGGCAUUGGCCGGUACAGAACUAAGCUCUCGAGGUCGGACCUUGAUGAAAUCUCAACUUGUCAGGCCCAAUAUCUUCAUUUCCCAUGAUGACGAGAAUUGGAAACCACCAAUGCCAGAAGCAUGGAUGGUGGUUGGCAAAUGUGAAGAGAUGUCAAUCAAGGUUACUGAGGAUAUCCUCUAUAUGAUUGAGGUCGCCAACUCAGUCAUAUGCGAUGAAGUAGCGUACCUCCAUCGACAAAAGGAGAGCUUCAAGAUGCCAAAGCACGCCCAGACUGUUGAGAGCACGAGCAGCAAAGAGGAAGCUCAGCUGCCCAACAUCACCAUCGCUCUUCUGAUGGAUGCUUACCGCGUCGAUAUUACUCUAUUGCAAUCGUUGUCCUACAUAAUCCAAGGCGAAAUGGGACGACUAUCAGCAACGCCGGUAUUCGGUGGCAACAAAGCACUAAACGUCAAUUUCGAUGUGGACAAACACACUCAUUACUUCAGAGGCCAUUCGGGAGAGAAGUCUCAUACUAUCGCAGCAUUCAAUGUCCCGCUCCACAAUGGCUGCCUACAGCUGCUACACUCGCCUACAGGCCUGAAAGUCAUGUUCAACAGUAUCAUGGAGACUUUUGUGAUUGACGCAUCAGCGGUUCACGGUCUUUUGACAACCGUCAAUGAACCGGAGGUCCAGAACAUCCUGAAGUCCAUCAAAGAUGAUGUUGGAAUACUGAAGAGCAACAUCAAAGAGGCCAUGCCAAGCAGCGGCGAAGAGCUUCCAGUUAAGCAGAUUGAGAGCCAGAGUCAGCCUGUGGUCUUUGAUGCAAACUUCGUCAUGGCAGGUCUCAGUGUCAUUGCCAAAGCACCAGGAAAGUACCCAGAUUCCCCCAAAGCCAAGCUCUUGUUCGAGCUUGCUAGCAUCAAGGCCAAGGCUACAAACUUAUCAGAAGAGGAUGGUUCUUUACUUCCUCUACCUGAAUUUGCUGCCUUCCUUCCGGCAAUAAAGCUUUCUUUGGAGUCAUCUGAGGGUGAUGGCUGGAAGCAGUGCGGCAACCUUCUGUUUGGAAUCGAAUUCCGCGGUACAUUCCAGAACAGCAAGAUGAACAUCCCAAGGCGUGACUACCGUAUCCGCAGUUCCGAGCUCGAAGUAAAUAUCUUUGCGGAUACUGCUUCGGCUGUGGUCGAAGUUUUGAACCACCUACAGGAGAGAAUCAGAGAUAUUGAUUUCUCAAGAGAAAGGAGGUACUUACGCAAGCUUCGAGAACCCAGGAGGCGUGGCUCUCGUCUCACCAUCGGGAAUGAUGGGGUUAUUGGGGAUACUGCCAGUGUUGCAUCCAGUGGCCUGUUUACCUCAGCCGCUUCACUUGUGCUGCUGAAUAUACAGAUCAGCUGGAUUGUAGGCAACUCAGUCGCUCCGCACCCAGGCCGUGAGAGUGAAGAUCUGGUACUUUCUUUCAAGAGAAUCGACCUGUCUACAAGGAGUGAAGAGGCGGCACGGCUCACCAUCGAGAACAUGCAGUUGCAAAUGGUUCCUUCCAGCCAGGACAAGCUGCAAAGAUCGCUAAAUUCUGCAUUGCUUCCGGAAGUUGUCUUCAAUGUCUCGUAUGCUUCAACGAAAACAGAUAGACGUUUCGCUUUCCAAGCUGCAGGAAAAUCGUUGGACCUCCGCCUUGAGUCCCGAUUCAUCCUUCCUGCAUUUAUCCUCCAACGCUCAAUUUCCCUUGCUGGACAAAAGUUCAGGGCAGCGUCUGCAUCUUGGAAGACUGAGCCUACAUCUAGCGGUGCUCCGCGUAAGAACCUGUUCGGCAAGAAGAAGCUUUCCUCGCUUGUCGUUGACGCAGAUUUUGCCGGUGCCGUUGUCACCCUACAAGGAAAACGCGAGGUUGUCAAGGACCAAAGACGCUUAGGUAGCACUGGUAGUGCCAGAAUGCCUUUACAUGGGAGAUACGGUCAGUUUGCAAACGAUGGCUCAAACACGAGUACAACAUUGCGCGCCCCUGGCGUGUCCACUAAGAUCGAGUACAACGAUGAUGAGGUCGAUCCUUCUCUAAAUGCAGAAGUCAAGGUGGACGCUUCGAGCAACAUCCUAUAUCCAAUGGUUGUACCUCUUGUUAUGGAUGUCUCGAACUCCAUCAAAGAAGUCGUCCAAGAUAAAGAUGAGCCGCAAAAGCCAGUCGAACGCAAGAGAUCAAAAUCGAUUAGGGCGUCAUUACCUCCUCAGAAGGGCAUGGAGGAAGACAGCCUGAUUACCGCUGACCCAAGCGCCAUCCUGGGCAAGACGAGACUCAAUAUGGGUUUGCGUAUCUGCAAGCAGGAAUUUAGUCUGAGCUGUCAGCCCAUCGCUCGAGUAGCUGCCACUGCCCGCUUUGAAGAUAUUUACCUCACCGUCAACAGCAUAAAAUCGACCGAGCAAGGACACUUUUUUGCGGUUUCGUCCACCUUUGACAAAUUGCAGGCAUCCGUACAACAUGUGUACUCGAGGGAGUCUACUUUCAGCUGCGAAGUUGACAACAUCAUUCUCUCAGUCAUGAACAGCAAGCACCUAAGCGGAACCAGCGGCAUGUCUGCCAUUCUCAAGAUCAAUCCAACAAGGACCCAGAUCAAUGUCAGGCAAUUGCAAGACUUCCUGCUCUUUCGCGAAAUUUGGAUCCCACCGGAAGUCCGUGAGGUGUCGAAACCACCCAGUCCAGAACCUGACGAGGGCCCUCAAGAAUAUCUUGUCCAGAGGUAUCAGCAGGUAGCUGCGGCUGCAGCGUUCCCGUGGAAUGCGACAAUUGCUGUAGCAGAAAUCUCUGUGGAUCUUGAUAUGGGCCAAGCCAUUGGCAAGCCGUCUUUCAAGAUUGUCAAUCUUUGGGCUUCAUCGAAAAAGAACUCUGAUUGGGAGCAAAAUCUAUGCAUUGGUGUGGAAAGCAUCGGCAUCACAAGUACUGGUAGAACGAGCGGAUUCGUUGACUUGACCGGGUUCAACGUACGGACAUCCAUUAGCUGGCCGCCUAACCAGGACGGAAAGCAUCGAACGCCGCUCAUCCAAGCAACAUUGGGCUUCAACCAGCUCUGCGUCAAAGCCGCCUUUGACUACCAAACGUUUGCCGUAGCCGACAUCACCUCUUUUGCAUUCUUGAUGUACAACGUCCGGGCCACAGAGGAGGGUGCACGGGACCGACUUGUCGCCAUGCUCGAAGGCGACAAAGUGCAGGCUUUCCUCACCCCAAUCAGCACUGCUCAAGCAGUGGCAUUGAUGCAAGCCAUAGAACGGCUGAUCCAAGAAAACCAAUCAGCGUACAAGCAGUCACUCAAGGACAUCGAGAAGUUCUUACGUCGCAGCCCAAACACACAACUAUCUCGACCCGGGCAAGAGCCGUCGCCUUCGCCGUCGCCAGCACCAAAACCAGUGGCGAAGAGCAAAGAGCUCCAAACCCCCAUUUCACUGCACACAGAUGUGGUUGUUACUCUCAAGGCAAUCAGCUUCGGCGCUUUCCCAGGCACCUUCUCUGACAACCAGGUUCUGCUCCUAACAGCAUCAGACGUGCAGGCCCGUUUUGCUGUCGCCCUAGAGAAACAAAAGAUCCACAGCGGACUUGGAAUGACACUUGGACAACUCAGUGUCGCCCUCGCAUCUGUCGCGCAUCCCAAGGGACCCAAAACGGUCAGUGAACUCACCGUCGAGGAAGUCGUCUCGAACGCCAACUCAGCCCGCGGAGGGACCAUCCUGCGGGUGCCCAAGGUCAUCGCGGCAAUGCAGACGUGGCAAGCACCCAACUCGAACCAGAUCGACUACAUCUUCAAGAGCUCCUUUGAGGGCAAAGUCGAUGUGGGGUGGAACUACAGCCGUAUCAGCUUCAUCCGCAACAUGUGGGAUGUACAUUCACGGGCGCUCGCCAACCGGCUCGGCAAGCCGCUGCCCGAGAGUGCAGUCAAGAUCACAGCGGGGCCGGAGCCGGGCUCGGAGCCGCAGAAGGAGCAGCCAUCAUCCUCGACGGCGGCGGCAGCGGCCAUGGCUGAAGACGUCCCGCCCGAGGAGAGAGGCAAGAUCACGGCUGUGGUAAAUGUGCCCCAGUCCAAGUAUGAGUACACGGCACUCGAGGCGCCGAUUAUCGAGACGCCGCAGCUGCGCGACAUGGGCGAGGCGACGCCGCCGCUGGAGUGGAUUGGACUGCAUAGGGAUCGGCUGCCAAAUGUCACGCACCAGAUUGUUAUCGUGACGUUGUUGGAGGUGGUCAAGGAGGUCGAGGACGCUUAUUCGAGGAUCUUGGGAUCGACUUGAACUUGAGGGAUGUAGAUAUUUUUUUCCUUUGACUUUUUCUAAUGUUUCAUGGUAACGGCGUUGUUGGAUUUUUGUUUUUUUUUUAGACUUCUUUUGCAUUCGUAAGGCGUUGGUUGGCAUAAUGGAUGAUGUUGGU